AUGAUUGAUUUAAAUGAAAAUCAAUCAUUAUUUUUACCAUAUUAUAAAAAUCUUUUACCAAAAUCAAUAAAUAAUGAAAUAAAUAUAUCAAAAAAAAAUUUAAAACAUUCAUCAUCAUCAUCAUAUAGACAACGUCUUGAACGUAUUAAAACAAAUUGUCAAUUAAUACGACAACGUCGUCGUCGAUAUUUAUUUCCAAUAUUACCUAUUGAACUUCGACCUAGUUUAUUUCAACAACGUCACUAUCAAACAGGUUCAUUAGAAUUAUUAAAUGUUAAUAAUAAUCAUUGGCAAUCAACAAAUUUUUUACGUUUAUCUGAUGAAUAUUUAUAUAAAUGUAAAUAUGCUAUAUAUUCAUCAACAAAUAGAUUUUUUAAACAAAAUGAAUUUUAUCGAUUUUUAAGAAAUAUUUUUUCUUAUUCAUCUUCUACAAAAGAACAUCAUCAUAAUGAUUUAUAUGUAUGUCAAUUAUGUAAUUAUAAAUUUAGUACAAAUGAAAUGUUUGAUUUACAUUUAAAUCGUCGAAGUGUAUCAAUACAAUAUCGAUGUUUAACAUGUCAAUCAUGGAUUAAAACAAUGAAUCCAUGUCAAGCAUAUUAUCAUUUAUUAUUACAUAAUAAUAUUACAAAAGAAAAACGUAUAGGACAAUUGAAUAUUAAUUAUGAUUGUGAAAGUUGUUUAGUAAGUCAUCAAUAUAAAAAUGUAUCAUUUUUAUGA